AGCGUUACGGCGGCGGCGCCGACGCCGACCCGCGGCGGCAACGGCAUCGCGACGCCCGCACCGUACCAACCCGGCAUGGUCGACAACUGCAAGACCUUCUACCUCGUCCAGCCGGGAGACACGUGCGUCAACAUCGCGGCGAGGUACCGCGUCUCGCCCGAGCAGCUCAUUGCCUGGAACCCCUAUGCGCGGGCCGACUGCACGAGGCUGCUCGCGAACACGUACUGUUGCGUCGGGGUUCUGUGA